CCUAUAAAAGGAGAUCCUCCUCAACCACAGAGGCAAGACAUCAUAGAGUGAUCUACUGAGUUAAGAGUUUCAAUUCUUCUACUUAUUAUAGUUAAAUAUCAUAUAUGGCCAAGUACUUGAAUGUUGUGCUUGUUCUUGCUCUAGUAGUGGUUCAAGCUACUGCAAGGAAUGUGCCUAGCGAUGCUGCUGGUCUCAAUGACCAAAAGAACCUCCUCACAUACGGUGGCAUUGGCGGCUACUCUGGCAUGGGUUCAAAUGGCAUGCCAAUGGGUGGAGUUGGGAGUGUUGGUGGUAUGACUGGCCUUGGUGGUACAGGUGGGAUGGGCGCCAUGGUAGGUGUUGGGUAUGGAGGUGGGCCUGGCGCUGGUGGUGGAAAUGAAGGUGGUGUUGGCAUUGGCAAUGCGCCUGGUGUCGUCCACUUUCCUUGAACUUUGCUGGAUGGUUAAAAUUUUAAAGCAACUAGUUUCUUGAACUUUGCUGGAGGGGUUUAAAUUUUAAAGCAACUAGUCUAACUUACGUUAAAGAGUAAUAUUAAAGUUGCUCUAGAGUGUGAAAUGUUUUGGGUUAUGUGAUAGGUCCAUCUUUAUUUUUUUUAUGUCGUGUUUUCUUUUGUUUUGUAAUCCUUCAUUGUCGUGGUUUUGUAGCCGACUUAAGGUAAAUAAAUUGAUUUUGACAA